GUAAUGUUUGUGUCCUGCCCAAUGGCACUGGAUUUGUUGGCUGCAGGGAGUGGGAUUGCCCUUUGACCAUCAGGUUAAUAGAUAAUUACAUUGAACAGCCUGGGCUGUGUCCAUACCAUAAGCUCCAAAAGAAACAAGGAAGCUUUUUCUUUUGAAAUCAUGGGGCUAUUGGAUCUGUUUCUCCAGUCUUUCAGUUCCAUCUCCCUGUUUGGAGCUCUGGUUGUCCUGCUGCUCGUCUACAUUCUCUCCUCCUCCAGCUUCAGUUCCCAGGAUGAAGGGAAGGGACCUCCAGGUCCAAAACCACUUCCCCUACUUGGGAACCUGCUGCAGCUCGACCUCAAGAGACCCUACCACACAUUUAUGGAGCUUUCCAAGAAAUAUGGAUCCGUUUUCACAGUGCAUUUGGGACCCCAAAAAGUGGUGAUCCUGGCUGGAUACAAAACUGUGAAGGAAGCACUUGUCAACUAUGCAGAUGAGUUUGGUGACAGAUAUGCAAUGCAAAUAACAAAAGAAACUAGUGGAGGCCAUGGAAUUGCAUGGUCCAACGGUGAAUCAUGGAGAGAGAUGAGGCGCUUUACCUUGACUAGCCUCAGAGACUUUGGAAUGGGCAAGAGGGCUAGUGAGGACAAAAUCAUUGAGGAAUGCACCUACCUCAUUGACGUGUUAAAGAAAUGUAAAGGAGAAGCUUUUGAUACAACUCAACCCAUAUACCAGGCGGUGGCUAAUAUGAUCUGCUCAAUUGUUUAUGGCAGCAGAUUUGAAUAUGAUGAUGCAGAGUUUACAUCACUGGUACAUCGAGCAACCAGAAAUAUUGAACUCCUGGGCUCCCCGUCAAUACAGGUGUUUAACAUGUUCCCAUGGAUCGGUAAAUGGAUUGCUGAUCGAAAGGAACUUCACGCGAUAAUUGUUGAGAGCAAGAAACAGAAUCAGCAGUUGUUUAGUCGUUUGAAAGAGACCCUCAAUCCACAGAUGUGCAGAGGAUUUGUGGACGCCUUUCUACUCCGAAAGCAAAAUCUUGAGGAAUCCGGAAUCACAGACAGUCACUUCCAUGAUAAAAACCUUAUACAGACGGUUCUUAACCUCUUUACUGCUGGCACUGACACAACAGCAACUACACUGAGAUGGGCACUACUAUAUAUGGCCAAGAAUCCAAAAAUACAAGAACAGGUCCAGGAGGAGCUAAGCAAGGUUAAAGGAGGUCGUCAAGUGCAGGUUGAGGACAGGCAACACCUGCACUUCACAAAUGCCGUCAUCCACGAAAUCCAGCGAGUGGCUAACAUCGUCCCCAUGGCACUUCCUCACAAAAUGAGCCAAGACAUCACUUUCCAGGGUCACUUCAUUAAGAAGGGGACCACAGUGUAUCCUCUCUUGACAUCCGUCCUGUGUGAUGAGACUGAGUGGGAACACCCCAGCAGCUUUUAUCCUGCUCACUUCCUGGACAAAGAUGGGAAGUUUGUCAAGCGAGAUGCCUUCUUGCCUUUUUCAGCAGGUCGCAGGCAGUGUCCUGGGGAGAGUCUGGCCAGAAUGGAGAUUUUCCUCUUCUUUACCAGCCUCUUGCAGCACUUUCGUUUCACUCCUCCUCCAGGAGUUUCAGAGAAUGAAUUGGAUCUGACUCCAAUAGUGAGCUUUGCCAUUAGCCCGUCGCCUCAUAAACUGUGUGCUGUUCCUGUUGUGUGAGCUUUACAAUGCUGCUAACAGUCAAUGGAGCGAGUUGGUUCAAGAUUGAAGAUUUUGAGUUGUACAUCAUUAUAUUAAAUGUAGUGAUAAAGUAAGCCAAGAUUAGAUUUUCAAUAUCAAUGAUGUAAUUUAAAGUAAUAGAGACGUAUUUCUAUUUAGUUGCUAAAUGUCACUACUUUGAGCAGUUUCACCCAGAUUAUCAUUUUCUUUAUUACUAAUAAAACUCACUGAUAUGCUCCUUUUACUAUCCCAUUAUGACAAAUAGACUUCAAUGCUAACAACAAUGUGUAAUAGUGAAGUUAAAGCUUAACAGUAUGCCGAAUGUACAACUUAACCUUGAUAUGUUUCAGGUCCAAUGUAAUGAUUUGCAAACUGCCCUAUAACUGGAUUUACUACAUUUCAAAAGGAACUCUCCUGGAUUAUGAUCACAGUUGCAUACGGUCUCCUCUGUGAAAGUCCAAUGUUUGUUUAACCAACCUAUGCAAACGACCUCCCUACGGAGACAGCACUUACUUUGAUUAAAACACUGUUUGUGAAAAUCAAAAACAGAUGUUAUCCGGGACAAAACAAGCGUCCUUUAAAAUGAGUUUAAAAGGAGCGGUUUUGUUUAUAUGGAACAUUAUUUUUAGCAGAGCAGGCAGCUUCAAUUAAAAUUGCUAUUACUGUAGAAUGCAGAACAUCAUGCUGAAUCUGUGCAUUUGUGAAUGCUGUAUCUCAUACAGAAGAUUGACAAUAAAGUUGAUUUUGACUUGA